UCAUUCGCUCAUUCAAUCGCCGCAACGCGCGCUGAACGAACGGGCACGGUGGCCGCAAACCACAAAAGAAAUCGACAAAUUGAAAAUAAAUAUAGAUAAUAACCGAUCGCAAUUCCGAUUUGAUUUCGAGAGCCAAACAUGAACAAAUACGCUUUCUUGGCCGUCUGCCUGCUGGCAGCCCUCGGUGCCCUGCUGCUGGAGGUGCGCGCCAGCCCCGCCCCCCAAACGCCCACGUUUAGCGCCAGUCAGCUGGACAGCGUCUCCAAGCAGUUUCUUCCCGCCGAGUUUCGCCACACAAACGUGAGCUUGGAUGAUAUUAAGCGCGUGUAUCGGGAAAAGUGCAAGAAGGUCACCGGCUCCGAUAACUCAACGCUCUACAAGGAUAUCGAGAAUGCUGCCGUCGAUCUGGGCACCUGUUUGAGCGGUCUGGCGAACAUCACAGCCGUGCAGGAGGAAAUGGAUGCCGCCCGUCUGGUUGGUGAGCUGGAUGACGUGUUCAACAAGUACUGCAAGAAGGCGCCCGAAGCCGAGUCCUGUUUGAAUGCGUUCAAAGACAAGGUAAAGCCGUGUUUGACCCGCGAGGAACAGCGUCAACAGGCCACGAUGAUCCGAUUGGCAAAGUCCUUGUUGGGUUUCGCCUGCUCCCGUGGCGGCGAUCAGUUGGUGUUGUUCAUGUCCGUGCGCGGUCCCGAGUGCCUGGAGGCCAACAAGGAGGCGAUCAGUCAUUGUGCGAACAAAUCAUUCCAUGGCUAUAUGCCCAAGGAUGGCGAAAUCGCCGAUUUCAUGAACAGCCCGGAGCUGCUCUUCUCGCCCACCCAUUGCGUCGAUCUGCAGAGCUUUGAGGCCUGUGUCGUCCAUCACUUGGAGCAGUGCACGGACGUUACACCGGCGAACAUUGUGCAGUCGAUCUUCCGUUUUGUGAAGAACGAAACCGACUGCAAGGCCUGGAUGGAUGCCCGUGCCAAUGAGCGUCCCAUUCUCCUUGCCAGUGCCAACAACACAGGCGGUGGCGCCUCUGCGGUGGCCGCAACACUCACCGGCACUUUGGCCCUUACACUGGGCGCCCAUUUGCUACGUAAUUAGGUGAAUCGACACGAUCAUUACACAAUGUCAUACUCAUUCCCUUAGCUACAAAAAAAAGAUAAAACGAAAAACCAAAAAUGUCUAAAGUAUUCCUUAUGCCCAUUUCGAUUUUUUUUUUCAUAUCUAUAUAUGUAUGUAUUUUUUUUUUGUUCUGCGAUAAAGUAGCGAUAACAUAUUCGACAUA